UUCUGUCUCAUUUUAUUUGUGCCACUAAGUGAUGAAGCUUGGUUGAUUUUGAAGGUCCAUAUUACUCAAGGUGAUCAUGAUGGGUCGGCAAUAAUAGUAUCAUGGGUGACACCUGAUGAGCCUGGUUCAAGCUUAGUCCUGUACGGGACAUCUGAAAACCACCUUACUUUCUCAGCUGAGGGUAGGGUGCAUCAAUACAAAUACUACAACUACACCUCAGGAUACAUUCAUCAUUGCAAUAUCAGAAAUUUGAAGUAUGAUACAAAGUAUUACUAUGCAGUUGGGGUUGGACAUACACUGAGGAAGUUUUGGUUCACAACACCUCCAAAAGUCGGCCUCGAUGUUCCUUACACAUUUGGCCUUAUAGGUGACCUUGGACAAAGUUUUGAUUCAAAUCGUACACUUACUCAUUAUGAAUCAAACCCAAUAAAAGGGCAGGCAGUGCUAUUUGUGGGUGAUCUUUCUUAUGCUGAUAACUACAUGUAUCACGACAAUGUUAGAUGGGACACUUGGGGAAGGUUUACUGAGAGAAGUGCUGCAUAUCAGCCUUGGAUUUGGACUGCAGGGAAUCAUGAGAUAGACUUUGCGCCCGAGAUUGGUGAAGGUGUUCCUUUCAAGCCUUACAAAAAUCGAUAUCAUGUCCCAUACAAAGCUUCAGGUAGUACAGCUCCAUUCUGGUAUUCCAUCAAGCGAGCCUCAGCAUACAUCAUUGUCCUCGCUUCAUAUUCAGCAUACGGGAAAUACACUCCUCAGUACAAAUGGCUCGAGGCUGAGCUGCCAAAAGUAAAUAGAACCGAGACCCCUUGGCUAAUUGUUCUUAUGCAUUCCCCAUGGUACAAUAGUUAUAAUUACCACUACAUGGAGGGUGAAACCAUGAGAGUUAUAUACGAGCCAUGGUUUGUAAACUAUAAGGUUGACGUUGUAUUUGCUGGCCAUGUUCAUGCAUAUGAACGCAGUGAAAGGAUAUCAAACAUUGCAUAUAAUAUUAUGAAUGGGCAAUGCAAUCCUGUUCCUGACCAGUCUGCCCCGGUGUAUAUCACUAUUGGUGAUGGUGGAAAUCAAGAAGGGCUUGCUAAAAACAUGACAGAGCCUCAGCCAAAGUACUCGGCAUUCAGGGAGGCUAGUUUUGGCCAUGCCAUAUUUGAUGUGAAGAAUAGAACACACGCUUAUUAUUCCUGGCAUCGCAACCAAGAUGGCUACGCGGUGGAAGCUGAUACACUGUGGUUCUACAACAGAUUUUGGCACCCUAUGGAGGAAUCAUCAGCAUCUGUAUGACUGAGAACUUUGGCUACAGGCUUCUUUCUUCAGCAACAGCCACCUUGAA